GAAGGGCAGCUGCCCUCACGCAAGAUGGCGCCCGAAGCGCCGCCUCCACGACGUCUCGCGAGGCUUCGCGGGAUCCGGACGUGGAAGAGGCCGGCGGCUUCGGCGAUGGAGUACAUCACGACGCCCAAGGUAGAAAAUGUCAAGUUGCUAGAUCGAUAUACCAACAAGAAAGCAGCAAAUGGGACGCUGUAUUUGACGGCUACUCAUCUGAUCUACGUGGACACCUCAACUGAAGUUCGAAAAGAGACAUGGAUCCUCCACCACCACAUAGCUAUCGUGGAGAAGCUACCGCUGAAUGCCUCCGGAUGCCAGUUGCAAAUUCGUUGCAAGAACUUCCGCGUAGCUCGCUUUCUGAUGGUACAAGAACGAGACUGUCACGAAGUCUAUAGCUCCUUGCUGAAACUCUCGCAACCAGUGAAACCCGAAGAACUUUACGCCUUCUCUUACAAUCCCAAAACCCCUGAAGGCAGCCGAGAGACGGGCUGGAAGUCGAUAGAUGUCAAAGCCGAUUACCUGCGGAUGGGCGUUGAGAGCAGCUCCUGGGAAAUCAGCAACGUCAACAAGGAUUACGAGAUUUGCAGUACCUAUUCCCGGGAACUGGUCGUGCCUAAAGCCGCUGCUAGGGCGAUGGUCUUGGGAAGCGCGAAGUUCCGAAGCCGAGGUCGGAUACCUGUGCUUUCCUACUUCUACAAAGAGAAUAACGCCGCCAUCUGCAGGUGCAGCCAGCCUUUGUCUGGAUUUAGCACUCGUUGCCUGGAAGACGAACAGCUGCUGCAGGCGAUUCGGGAAGCCAAUGCUGGGAGUCGGUUCAUGUACGUGGUAGACACGAGGCCAAAGUUGAACGCCAUGGCCAACCGAGCUGCUGGGAAGGGCUACGAGAAUGUGGAUAAUUACGAAUGCAUCCGUUUUAAAUUCAUCGGCAUUGAAAACAUCCACGUGAUGAGGAGCAGCCUGCAGAAACUCCUGGAAGUGUGUGAAGCAAAGUCUCCUUCGAUGAGCGACUUCCUCACAGGACUGGAGAACUCCGGCUGGUUGCGACACAUUAAAGCCGUGAUGGAUGCAGGAGUCUUCCUGGCUAAAGCAGUCAGAGACGAAGGGGCCAGUGUGGUGGUGCACUGCUCGGACGGCUGGGAUCGUACCGCCCAGGUCUGCUCUUUGGCUUGUCUCCUUCUAGAUCCCUUUUAUCGGACGUUGAAAGGAUUCAUGGGCUCUAACGCAAAUGAAAACUGAAGCCAGAUCAUGAACACGGUCCCUCUUUCCCUUAGCAACCGUUUCAUUUAACUUCCACGUUGCCGGACCCAGUUUUAGUCGCUAAAUGAGGACAGCCUGUACAUGCGUAAAGGUACAUUUGUGUAACGUGGAUGCAUGUGUUAGUGCGUAAAUAUAUAGUACAUGUACACUUAGUCCUCGACUUGCAGCCACAGCAGAGCGCAGCGUUUCUACUGCUAAGCGAGACAUUUGUUAAAUGAGUUUUGCCCCAUUUCAU